ACAUGUACAAGAAAUGUUUUUUUUAAUGCUAAUAACUUAUGACCACAGCAAUCUUAUCACAUAUGAUUACAUUUAGAAACACUCGAGGACAUCAGUAAAUUCUUUUUGAAAACUGAUUUAUCAGGCUACAUAACUGUGGAUAACAUAAUGCCUCCAUUUUGUGACUGAGGGAGAGAGCGAAAGAGAGAAAGAGCUCUGUUGCAUCGUUGUUCUGAAAUAACAAUAGUUUCGCUUAUUCACAGUGUUUGAGGCCUCCCAGCACCAUCUGACACCUCAACUGCUUUCUGGUAGGCUCAGCAUCAAGGGACAGCAGUGACAGUGUUUUAAAUGUAAUCUGGGUUUUCUCUAGUGUUUCAGACAUCCAUGUUAAGGCUUGAUCUCAUUUUGAAGGGAGAACAAUGAGCCAUCCGGAAGGUUUGAGGGCCAAUUCAUCUCAAUUCACUCUAGAGGGGAGGCCCUUCCGCAUCCUGGGAGGCUCGAUCCAUUACUUCCGUGUCCCCAGACCCUACUGGAGGGAUCGGCUGUUGAAGAUGAAGGCCUGUGGUCUUAAUACUCUCACAACAUAUGUGCCAUGGAACCUGCAUGAGCCUGAACGAGGAGUUUUCAACUUUCAGGAUCAGCUGGACCUCAAGGCUUACAUCAGCUUAGCAUCUGAGAUGGGUCUCUGGGUGAUCUUGCGGCCUGGGCCUUACAUCUGUGCUGAAUGGGAUUUAGGUGGUUUACCAAGCUGGUUGCUGCAAGAUGAAGACAUGCAGCUGAGGACAACUUAUCCUGGAUUUGUAAAUGCUGUCAACUUCUACUUUGACAGGCUUAUCUCAGUCGUCAAACCUCUGAUGUUUGAGGAGGGAGGCCCAAUCAUCGCAGUCCAAGUUGAAAACGAGUAUGGAUCAUAUGCUAAAGAUGAGGGAUACAUGCCAUUUAUAAAGAACUGUCUCCAGUCCAGAGGGGUCAAUGAACUCCUGCUGACUUCAGACAACUGGGAAGGCUUAAGAUGUGGAGGGACUGAGGGAGUUCUAAGAACAAUAAACCUUCAGAGACUGUCGUUUGGAGCUAUCCAACACUUAGCUGAUAUGCAGCCCCAGAAACCUUUAAUGGUGAUGGAGUAUUGGUGUGGGUGGUUUGACGUCUGGGGAGGCCAUCAUCAUGUCUUCCAUGCAGAAGACAUGCUAGCUGUGGUGUCUGAGAUUUUAGAGAGAGGUGUUUCCAUUAACUUGUACAUGUUCCACGGUGGAACCAACUUUGGCUUCAUGAAUGGUGCAAUGGACUUUGGCACCUACAAACCUCAAGUCACAAGUUAUGAUUACGAUGCUCCGCUAUCUGAAGCUGGAGACUGCACCACAAAAUACCAACUCUUGAGGAAUUUAUUCAGCCAGUACCACUCUGAGCCUCUUCCUGAAGUGCCCCCUCCUCAGGAAACGAGAGCUUACGAGCCUGUUUUCAUGCAGCAGCACCUUUCCCUGUGGGACAGCCUGCAGUUUACAGACAAGCCAUACAGGUCAGAAAGGCCAGUAAACAUGGAGAGGCUCCCUGUCAACAACAACAAUGGUCAGUCAUAUGGUUAUACACUGUAUGAGACCACCAUCACAAGUGGAGGAACCCUCAACUCCAGGAACAACAUCAGAGACAGAGCAUUGGUUUUUGUGGAUAGACAAUGUGUUGGCUGUUUGGACUACAAGACCCAUGAAGUCACACUUCCUGAUGCCAAGGGAGCCCGGACAUUGGGCUUACUUGUGGAGAACUGUGGAAGAGUGAAUUAUGGGAAAACUCUUAAUGAACAGCGCAAAGGUAUUGUGGGAGAUAUUGUAUUGAAUCAAACACCCCUGAGAGGAUUCACAAUUUUCUGUUUAGAUCUGAAACCAAACUUUAUGAAAAGAUUAACUAAUUCUAGUCAAUGGAAAACUGACUUCAAGUCACCGUCUGUCCCUGCGUUUGUCCAGACCAGACUCUGUGUGGACGGCCCACCCAAAGACACCUUCAUCAAACUCCCUGGCUGGGGUAAAGGAGUUGUAUUUGUUAAUGGGCAGAACCUGGGCCGUUACUGGUUCAUCGGUCCCCAGCAUUUCCUCUAUCUCCCAGGACCUUGGCUCAGAAGUGGAGAAAAUCAGAUUAUUGUGUUCGAGGAACAAAGAGUUGAUGCCAAAAUAUUAUUUGCUGAAAAUCCUGAUCAUGGAAAGACUGUUGAUGUUUACAAACUUCCCUUUUGCACGCUUCUGUGAAUGUAGUGUUCAAACUUGGUGUUACACACACAAAUAUAGCUAUACACACUAAGUAAGGGAUGGUUUAUUGAUCCCUUUAUUUAACCUACUCCAAAAAUGUUUAAAAAUUGUAACCAAUUAAUGAAAUAUCUAAUAUUUUCAAAUGCUGUAUGUAUAAGUCUAUUUGAUGAUUUUCAUUUAUGUAUAGUUAAAUGUUUCUGCUGUUUGUUCCGUAUCUGUAUGCCUACAAACCAUAACUUGCAACAGAAUUCAACCUUCAGACUUGCAACAUUUCAGGAUGAACUUUGCUCUGGUAAGAUAAACUUACAUUGAAACACCCUCAGAAGCUUCUAGUUGGACUAGACGCUUGUCAAUUUCCUGAAUGACGCGCUCGUAUUCAGAAGAUACACCUCCUUCACGUGAACUGUACAGUAUACGGCUCAGCCAUUUUAAUAAUUGUGGACGACGUGAGAAAACCCGGAAAUAAGCUUUACAUCUUUCACAAUAAAGUUAAAUGUUUAUUAUGUUUGUCAUUAUCGUGAAAAUAAAUACACUAUAAAUUA